AUAUAAAAUAGAAACAAUCAGAUUGAAGUCGAAACAAGGAAUUAUGGCGGAGACAGAGGAAGAUGCGUCGUUUUGGAGGGAGAGCCCGCCAGGCGGAGAUGGAGCGAGCAUGAGUCUGGGCAUGAAGAAACGGAAGAGGAAGAGUUUGAAGAGGGAAAAGCGAGAAUUUCUUCAUCCAACUACGACGAAAGAAACCCCAACCGCCGUAAGUUCUUUCAUACUCUCGGGCUCUGCUUCGUCUACCACGCCCCUUCAAUCACGUACACACAAUCCCAAUCUCAAUCUCACCCAUGAUUAUGGUAUUUCUUCCUAUGCCCAUUACCAGCAACAGCCUCAAAUCGAAGCUUCCUCACAUUGUGAUUCUUUUGAUAACCCUCAUGUUAAUCUAUCCAGUGAUUUCUACAAUAAUACCAAAGAUAAUCAUAUGGAGGAGAACAAUAUGAAGAAGAAGAGGAAGAGAAAAACUAGUUCUAGUAAGAAGGGUGUAGAAGAAGUAGAAGAGUCGCGGUAUCAUCUCUUCCAAGAGGAACUGUCAUAUGAUCCUCCAACUAAUCAAAAUGUGCGAAAUGAGAUUGAAGAAGAAAGUAAUAGCAAGAAUAGCAUAAAUGGAUGCGCCAAUAGAUGGGUCGGCAUUGACCUACAAUCUCCGACUAACCCACUAUGCAAGGAUAUUGAUUUAUCUACUGAAGGCAACAUAUUUACAUCGAGUACUGGAGAUUCAGUUGUAGCAGAGAAUUUUAGAGAUGAUGACCGGCUGAAGCACGUGAGGAAGAAGAAGAAGAAUAAAAACAAUAGGGGGGAAAGGGAUGAUAAAACUAGCAGCAAGCUUAUCAAGUCAGAGGAGAUUCCACCGAGUUUGCAGAAAUUUGAGGAUGUCCUUUCGCGAUAUAUUUACAAGGGUAAUGGAGGUACUAACAGCUUAAAGAAAGUCCGUCACAAUGAUGAGGAGGAGGAGAAAUCUUCCAAGGAACCCACUUCCCAAUGUAAGAUGACCAAAGAUUCCUCCAUUCUAGCUACCGAACGUGGCAGGAACUUCGCUGGGCAGAUUGACAGUGAUGCUGUUGUAGUGCCAACAAUUUACACAAACUUGAACGAAGAAGUGCAGCGAAAUGGGCCAGGAAUUGGUGAGGCUGUUUAUUGCAAGCGAAGGAGAGUUAAAGGAAAACAGCAAACAAUUGCUCACCUUGAAAUUCAAAAUGCCUCCCCAUAUUUCCAGAGGUCAACAGGACGAGUGUUGACAAAUGAUGGUAAAACUACAAAAAUGAAAUCAACAAGACCUCGUUCAAAAAUUUCUGCUGCUUUUGUGAAGGUCUCCCGCUACUUCCAAAAGAUGCCCGAAAAACAGGAAGGUAGUGUUUUGGUUUGCGAUAAGCAGAAAAAAGAACCGAGUCGCCAAAAUGGGCUAGGGAUUGGGGAUAUUGAUCAUUCCAAACGAAGGAGAGUAAUCGGAAAACAGCAAACAAUUGCUCACACUAAAGUUCGAAAGGCCUCCCCAUAUUUCCAGAGGUCAACAGGACAACAAGUGUUGAGAAAUGAUGGUAAUGAUACACAAAUGAAAUCAACAGGACCUCGUUCAAAAACUUCUGCAACAUCAGUGAAGGUCUCCCGCUUCUUCCAAAAGAUGCCCGAAAAAGAGGAAGGUAGUGAUUUGGUUUGCGAUAGGCUGAAAAAAGAAUCGAGUCGCCAAAUAAAGAGUGGGGUUCAUCCAUCUGUUGGAAAUCAGAUUUUGAAGCUUGAGGAUGUCCUUUCGCAAUGUAUUUACAAGAGUAAUGGCAUAUCCAAGAAAGUAAAGAAUGGCCAGCACAAAGGUGAGGAGGAAAAGAAAUAUAGUGAGGAGCCCACGUUCUCAUCUAAUAUGACUAAUCCCUCCUCCAUUAUAGCAAUUGAUGGUGGCAGGAACUCAGCUGAACAUGUUGACGGUGAAGCUGUUGUAGCACCAAGAAUUUACACAAACUUGAAAGAAGAAGAAAUGCAGCAAAAUGGGCUAGGAAUUGAAAAGGUUGAUAGUUGCAAGCGAAGGAGAGGAAAGGAAAAACAGCAAACAAUUGCUCACCCUGAAGUUCAAAAGCUCUCCCCAUACUUCCAGAGUUCAACAGGACAACAAGUGCUGAGAAAUGGCAGUAAUGAUACACAAAUCAAAUCAAGAAGACCUUGUGCAAAACCUUCUGCUACUUCAGUGAAGGUCACUUCCCGCUUCUUCAAAAAGAUGCCUGGAGAAGAAGAAAAUGCAGAUGGCAUUUUGUUGGGAGGUAAAAAGACUCGUAAACGAAGUGUGAAAGUUAAAACAGUUUUAUCUACUUUACAGAAAAGAUUUGAUGCUUACCGAAGAAAAAGUCCAGAUAACAUGUGGAAGCCUCCACGCUCCAGAUAUGGUCUUCUCCAAGAGGAUCAUGCCGAUGACCCUUGGAAGGUAUUGGUGAUAUGCAUGCUCCUAAAUCGGACAACUGGUUCGCAGGCUGGAAAGAUUCUAUUGGAUCUCUUUACACUUUGUCCUGAUGCAAAGACAGCUACUGAAGUCCCUGCAAAGGAGAUAGAAAAGAUUAUACAACCUCUAGGUCUACAAAAAAAGAGGGCACAGAUGAUACAGCGCUUCUCUCAGGACUACAUGGGAGAUACCUGGAAAUACGUGACCGAUCUGUAUGGUGUUGGCAAAUAUGCAGCUGAUGCGUAUGCAAUAUUUUGUACUGGAAAGUGGGACCGGGUGAGACCUACUGAUUACAUGCUAAAUUAUUACUGGGAAUAUCUCUUCAGUAUUAGAGCUACAUUAUUAUGAUUCUCUCUCUCUCUCUAUCUCUUCCAUAUAUUUUUUGUGAGAAAGCUGAGUGCGAGAGAAGACCUAUCUUAUAGUUAAUUAUAAAAAAAAAAAAAAACCUAUCUCAUAGUUGAUGAACUUUAUAUAUAUGACCAACUACCAUGCUUUACAGGUUCUGCUUUUGUAUAACCAUGAAUUUUGGGAAACCUUAUUUAUGUUAGCAGAAGGCAUCUUUAUAUCC